CUCAGUUCUUCAAUUUUCGGUGAUUAUGGGUGUUGGGACUAGCCCCGAUCUUGAUGUGCGUGUUACUUGGCUUACUAAUUACUUGCCACCAAAGGAUGCCGUUAAAUGGGAAGACGAGGACAUGAUCAUUUCCUGCGGGCAAUUUAAAACGGCAACUGGAGCUAGUUGUUCCAUUGUCUGCAAAAACACCCAUUCUUUUUCUCAUGAGUUGCAUCCUGUUGCUAUCGAGGGUAAUGGUAAGAAUAAGAAAUAUACUAUUCUCCCGAGAAAAGGUGAAGUUUGGGCAUUAUAUAAGAAAUGGUCUGCUAAAAUCAGAAGCUCAGAUUUGUCAAACUGCGAGUACGACAUAGUGGAAGUUGUUGAUGAAGAUAAUAGUUCGGGGAUAAAGGUUUUAUAUUUGGAGAAGCUGAGUGGUUUUAAUUCAGUUUUUAAGGGCAAAACCGGUGGAAGAUCAUCUGCAACUAUACCUUCCAAAAGAUUUCUCAUGUUCUCCCACCAAAUCCCUGCUUUCAGAUUAACAGAAGAGCAUGGCGAUUUGGCAAGUUUCCUUGAACUUGAUCCUGCAGCUCUACCAACUCAUUAUUUUAGCUCUAAAUGAUAGAUUGAUAAAUUAGAAUCCUUAGACUACUUCUGAGUAGGAACAUUAGUACUCUAUUUGUGUCAUAUUCUGUAACCAAGGAGCAAAAUUUGUUGACCUGAUGUCAUUUUUUGGACUAAUCCUUUUUCUUCCCCCUUUUCGGGUUGCGAAAUUAGAUUAAAACCAUGUAUCUGUAUGACUCUAGUGUUAUGCAUCACAGUUCCCACUUUUUAAGGCAUUGCCAUUGUUGUAGAUGCCUUUUGAAGUAAGGAGGGUAUGCUGGUUACUUUGUUAAAGUUCUUGGUUCUGAUUCUAAGCUUCUUAGACAUUAGAUUA